AUGUUGUCAAUACUCACCGUCACGACGUCUCCCACAAAGCGUCGCAAAGUGUCCCCCGAGCCAGCUCGCAGCAGCCCAGGAGAGACACGACGUCACGGCCGCUCCGAACCGCCGCAGGUGCCUCCGUUGCCACCGCGAAGCUCCUCAUCCGCUUCCAACUCGCGGCGCAAGAGCUCCUCCCCAUCGCCUCCUCGCUACGUACCCGCUCACCUCCAGUCCCUCGUCCCAGGGACCCGAUCACAGCCCGGUGUCCGCUCGCCCACCCCCGCGACCGCGACCGCCGGACUGACCCUCUCCAGCGAACACUCCGAGAUGCCCACCGAUCGUCAAGACGGCACCCCGCCGAUGAAUGGCGGCCGUUCGCCCUCCCCGGGCGUGAAGCGCCCUGCCUCUGAGAUUGCAGACUCCGACGCCGAGGGAGGUGUGAGCACAGCGGUCAACCAUGGUCAGGCGACCGACUCGAUCGACGAUCAAAUUGGCCAGGUUUUUGCUCUCUCGAACCAGCCUUUGAAGGACGGACAAAAGGGCUAUGUAAUCUCGCUGAGAUGGGUGAAGACAUUGUAUGCUCGCAGCACAACUUACGUCGACAAAGCCGACAAAGAAUCGAUGGAGACCGAGUUGGGCCCCGUGGACAACAGUGACAUCGUGCUUGACACCGAUCCUGUGAACAGCAACUUCAAGUAUGAGAACGGUGAUCCUUAUGUGCCGUUGCGCCCGAAUGUGCAGCUCGGCGAGGAUUACGAGAUCGUCCCUCAAAAGGCUUGGGAUUUGAUCAUGGAUCGGUAUGGCCUUGCCAGCCAGUCGCCUGUCAUUGUUCGCUUUGCACACAACGCGAACUCCUAUGGCAAUGAAAACAUUAUGUACGAACUUAACCCGCCAAUCUUCACGAUCUUCAAGCUGUCAAACCCCGCGGCGGGGACCACGCCUCAGUUGCUGAAGGAGAAGACCCUCCCACCUGCGAAGAUCCUUGCUGGCCGCCAGAGCGGCUUACAGCCCUGGUUGAAGAAAGCCAAGGAGCUCACGGGCAUUGAAAUGUCCACCAAGGUUCGUGUGUGGAAGAUCGUUGGUCAGCUCCCCAGUCUCAACCCGUCGACGUCGACAACUCCCGCCGUUUCUCGCGCCGCUUCGCCUGCACCUCCCUCCGCUCUUAUCUCCGCCUCGAGCAGGAAUUUGCUCGUGGAUCUCAACACAUUCAUUUCUUUGAACGAGGGGACUCAGCGAGAGCUACUUGAAGGCUUCAAGGACCAGACUAAUAAUGAAAACUAUAACGGUCGAAUGUCGCUGACCACGGCGGGCUUGACGGGAUCUGAUGUUUUCGUGCUCGAGGAGCAGACGGGUGGAGCCAAAGGUGGAGAAUGGGUGUCUGAGGUUUCGACCCAGACGCUCAAGCGCCUCGGCAUCCCCAUCAGCAAACCCAAGAAUGAGAUCACAGCUAUUUCCACCAAAGGCCAGUCGAAUAGUGGGCGCUCAACUCCAGACCAGGAGCAGCCCCUGUUCGGCAAGAAGCCCCACGGUCAUCGAAUGGGUCUCACCGGUCUUUCGAACCUUGGUAACACUUGCUACCAGAAUGCGGCCACCCAGUGUGUUCGGGCCGUUGAAGAAUUGACCUACUACUUCCUCGCCAACAAGCACAAGAAAGACCUGAACCCUUCCAACCCUCUUGGGUAUAAGGGCCAACUCGCCAAGGCAUACGCUGGCCUGAUUGGGGGGAUCUAUCGCGACCCACCACCAUCAUCUUUCAAUCCUCACAAGUUUCGGAACCAGAUUGGUCGGAACAACCCAACCAUGGCCGGCUGGGAUCAGCAGGACAGUCAGGAGUUUUUGAUGUUCCUCCUUGAUGGUCUUUCAGAAGACCUGAACCGUAUUCUGAAGAAGCCGUACAUCGAGAAGCCAGACUCGACCGAUGAGAUGGUCCAUGACCGCAAGGCUUUGGAGGACUUCGCUGUGCAAUCCUGGGACAUCUACAAGGCGCGUAACGAUUCUGUUAUUACAGAUCUGUUUGCAGGCAUGUACAAGUCAACCCUGGUCUGCCCGACUUGUGACAAAGUCAGCAUUAUCUUCGACCCAUUCAGUAGCUUGACCUUGCCCAUUCCGCAGCAAAAGUUUUCUUAUAAGGAGAUCAUUUACCAAGGGCUAGACCAGCCCCCGCAGAAAUUUAUUGUUGAAGUCGACAAGUCGGACACCGUUGGGGCUUGGAAGGAGUCGGUGGCUACAAAGUUGAAGAUCAGCCCGGAUCAGCUUAUUGGGGGUGAAAUCGCCUACGGGACUUUUUGGGAAGUCUAUGAGCACGACAAGGUUCCUUUCGCCGACCUGAACCUCAAGGAUAAGGACGAAGUGACCUUUAUGCAGCUGGAUGCCCCAGCCAACGAUCGCAUCCUUGUGCCCAUUUUCCAUAGGUACGAAAUGGCGACUAAGAACUACAAAGGUGUUACCAAGCGUGAUACUUUCGCCCAGCCUUUCAUUCUCUCCUUCACUAAGGAAGAAGCCAAAGACUUGGCUACCAUCUAUCGCAAGAUCUUGCGCCAUGUUGCUACCAUGACUACGCGCGAUAUUCUGAACGAGACCGAAGCGAAGGAUGACAGCGAGUCUGAAGCAGACCAGACGGAGCAAGUUCCCGAGGACUCUGAUACCGUGGUGAUGAAUGAGGAAGAUGCCCAGUCGGCAGACUCCAGGAUCAAGACCGGCUCAGUUGAAGGCGAUGACAGUAUCGUUGAUAUCUCCAUGCACGACGUUUCGCACACCCCUAGUGCAUCUUCGUCCAAAGAGAUGGACACCAGUGAUGAUACUCCUGCGCACCCCCUGGCUGGUGCUUUCCCACCUGGUCUUCUCAACCUGUUCGAUGUUAAAGUCAUGCGGGGCUUUGACAGAAUUCCCCGAGGUCGCCAGGUUUCUGGGUUCAGCCAGUACGACGACAUUCUGACCCGGCUCCCGUCUCCAAAGAAGACGGUCAAGAAAUCCUCAAGCGGGUCUGGUGACGAAAGCAGCGGGGACUCCAGCGCCUCAGAUGAAUCUGACGGCGAAACCAACGGCGUGACCCCGCAGGAACCGCUUCUUAAGCAAUCGGACGCAAUCAUUCUGGACUGGAAUGACGAUGCGAAGGACGCUUUGUUUGGAAAGAUCGGCAGCAAGGACACCCUGCGUGGUUCUGCCACUUACAACAACAUCCCUUUCAUCCACGAUCAAGGUCUUAUCGACCGCCGCGCCCAGCGCUCCGCGUUGGCUGCCCAGGGUGUCACUCUUGGCCAGUGUCUCGAUGAGUUCAGCCGCGAGGAAACACUGUCUCAGGACGACGCCUGGUACUGCCCACGCUGCAAAGAGCAUCGUCAGGCUCGCAAGAAGUUUGAGCUGUGGUCGACCCCCGACAUCCUAGUCAUCCACCUGAAGCGUUUUACGACGCAGUCUCGAUACUCACGCGCGAAGCUCAGCACCAGGGUAGAGUUCCCGGUGGAAAAUCUCGACCUGUCCGGUUGGGUCUCGGGUCCCGCAGCGGACACAUCUCUGGUUUACGAUCUGAUCGGCGUGGACAACCACUCCGGAAGCAUGUCCGGCGGUCACUAUACCGCAUACGCCAAGAAUUUCAUCACGGACGACUGGUGCAGCUUCAACGAUUCGUCGGCCUCUACAUUCAGAGAUUUGAGCCGGAUGCAAUCUCCUCAGGCCUAUCUGCUCUUCUAUCGCCGCCGAUCCGACCAGCCUCUGGGCGGCCCUGCUCUGCAGAACAUCGUGAACAAAUUCAAGAGCGGCGAGCCCGACACGGCCGAGAACUCGCGUUCGGUCUCGCCGUCGGGGGAAGGCAAGCGCCUCGGCGGAUCAUUCCGGAAUGGGUCGUCGAGCGUCUCAGCCGCAGCCGUAGCAGCUCACCGAGCGGGCGGUGGUGGUUCGGGGGCCGCAUCUCCGGAGACGAAGUCGAGUGAUGACGAGAAUGAGGACUCUCACAACCCGCUCGACGAUAUGUUCCAGGUACCCUCGUGGUCAUUUGACCGCGCCUCCGACUCUCGUGGCUUCGGCGCGAUGACAACCAUCCGUCCUGCUUCCCCCGAUGGAGACGCCGAUCUUUUCGGGGAUAAUGACAGCAACGUGGCCGUGGAUGAGAACUCCGAUGCUGAAGAUCGUCUCAACCAUCUCGAGCACUCGCGUCCUGUCUCGGAGCACGAGGACUCCUUUGAGGAUAUCCCGCCGCUGCUGGAGGAUGGGUCGGAUGAGGAGCUGCCAGUUGUGGAGCUGCGUGUAGAUGGGGACGAGAAAAUGCACUCCGACAUUUGA